UCCCGGGCGGGGGUGACUGGGCGGUGCGAAGGGCCGCGCGCCGCGUGCGGGGGUGGGGCGGCUUCCGCUUCCGGGUCAGCACUCGGGGCCGGGCGGGGGGCCUCGCUGCAGCUGCCGGAGCCGCCAUCGCCGCCGCGAUGCCGAAAGGAGGUAGAAAAGGAGGCCACAAAGGCCGAGCAAGACAGUACACAAGCCCUGAAGAGAUCGAUGCACAGCUCCAAGCAGAAAAACAAAAGGCAAGGGAAGAAGAGGAGCAAGAGGAAGGGGGUGAAGGAGCAACAGGGGACCCCAAAAAAGAGAAGAAAUCUUUAGAUUCAGAUGAGAGUGAUGAAGAUGAUGAGGAUUAUCAGCAAAAGCGCAAAGGAGUGGAAGGGUUGAUAGACAUAGAGAAUCCCAAUCGUGUAAUUCAGACAACCAAAAAAGUAACUCAGCUGGACCUGGAUGGACCUAAGGAACUCUCACGGCGAGAGCGAGAAGAAAUAGAGAAGCAGAAGGCAAAAGAGAGAUACAUGAAAAUGCACCUAGCUGGUAAAACAGAACAAGCGAAGGCAGAUCUCGCCCGACUAGCCAUCAUUCGGAAGCAAAGGGAAGAAGCUGCCAGAAAGAAAGAAGAGGAAAGAAAAGCAAAAGACGAAGCGGCUAUGGCAGGUAAAAGACUGCAGUCACUAUCCCUUAACAAGUAAGCACAGGACAUGCAAGAGGAGGAAACACCAGGGAACUGUGCCUGGUGCCUGCCAGGAACUCUGUUGUGUUGCAUACCAUAGAUGCCACAUAGGAUGUACUGCGGCAUCGAAGUCACCUUCACCUCCAAGAGACACUGACGAUGUGUUUGUCUUCAUCCUGGCACAGAUUUUCCAUUUUGGGGUUAGGGGCAGCUGCUAUCUUCGGUGCAGAACUGUGCUGAACAGCAAUUCUCUGUAACAGUUUGGAAACCUGAAUGUUUUUGCUGUUUUUAGGAUAAGAACUCAUAGACAGGGAGCAGGGCGGGAGGGAGCCGUGCGGGAGGGGAGAUGCUUCAAAUAUUAGAUUGCAAGAAACUAGAUUGUGGGGUCAUUGUGGGGUGGGGCUUGGGGUGGGGAACUUUGACUUGCUAGUGAAAGCCCAAAGGGCAAUAUAUCUGAGGAAACCUUUUGGGCAAAUGGCCCGUAAAGUUGAGCUGCAGAGUGUUGCAGUAUAAUCUGGGAGCCUGACUUCAUGGACAUCUGGAGUGCUGUUCCUUCCCGCUUUCAUCCCUCUUUUCUUGCAGCCAAUCUUCCCCUUUCCCUCCUCUUCAUUUUUUCUUCUCCUGAUUAGGGAUAGUGCCAGUUUUUAACCACAUCAUCCUUUGUUUAAAGGAAAAAAAGAACCAUUAAUUGUACCAGACCCAGAUGGAAGAAAAAAAAAUACUCGAUAAGGUUAAAAAAAACAAAACUUGUAUAUUUGGCUGAUUAAAAUGUAAAUUAUCGUAA